AUGUACAUGAUAGUAAAUGAGUACCAUAUUAAUAAAGAUCGUGUUCAUGAUAUAUGGAACGAUUGUGAGCAUUCACAGCAAAAUGGAAACCACUUUUUCAAGGAGCUUAGAAAGUUGUUAGACAAGUUGAUUUCAAGGGAAUCAUCUAGUCCCUCUAAGACCCCUUUAAUUCCUGAGUCUAUUGAGAUGAGUGGGUCCCUCCGGGACCAUGUACAGGAAAAGCAAAAAAAGAAAAAGAAACUAUCAAAACCUAACCCUGUUCAAAGUUCUGACUUACCUGAGAUUUCAACUAAAGGUUCCUGCCAAAAUUCCUCACUAGAUGUCUCAUAUGAUCUAAUUGCCUCAAUUAGAAAAGAUUGUAUUGAAGCAAAAGAAGCUAUACAUGAAUCAGAAAA